GGGGUGUGGAGCAGGUAGGGCACAGGGCACGGAACGCGGGGGCUUGGAAGGACAGCGCACAGGGGCUCAGGCCCGCGGAAGAUAGCUCUCCUGACCCCCAGGGGUCCCCAGCCUGGCGCGCGCCUUGGCGUGAGCCGGUAGCUGAAAGGUCAGCAACAUCUCCCGGUUGUCUGCGGACGCCGGUGCACAGAGGUGUUCAGGGUGCAAGCUGAGAAGCACCCCGAAGCUGGGCGACAUCUCUGGCAUGCGGAAAGCUGGUGGUUUCCUUGUCCGCUCCCACGAAGUCACCGGGAGCGACCUGGACUCCCGGAAGAAAAGCCUGCGAGAGGAACAGAGAUGCCAUUGAGAGCUGUCGCUGCCGGCAUGAGGCAAGAUCGAGGCAAGAUCGGCUCUUGGGUUGCUCACUGUUCUUCCUGAAGGAGGAGUGACUGGCCGCCACCGGCACCUGGAACCCAGCACCGAGGAGGUGAACCCGGACGGACCUGAGGAGGAACCUGUGUCCUGUGUCCUUGGGAGACUACUCAGUGGUGCAUCUCAGGGCAGGGAGGUGACAGAACACAGGCAUUCCACGGGGCUGCUCUUCAGCUUGCAGACUGACUGAGCACGAGAGUGAGCUUUGUAGCUCUGAGCCUCAGGUCCCGAUGGGAAGCCAUGGGAAAGGAAACCCUGUAUUCUGUGGCAUCCUGUACUGGGAGCAGGGUCGAGAUGACCACAGCCACCACUUUGGGGGACGCCGUCUUCUCGCUGAACAUGACCAGGGGAGAGGACGCCCUGUAUAAGAGCUCUGGAGCCAUCGUGGCUGCCAUCGUGGUGGUUGUCAUCAUCAUUGUCACCUUGGUGCUGAUCCUGCUGAAGAUGUACAACAGGAGAAUGAGGACCAGGCGGGAGCUGGAGCCCAAGAGCCCAAAGCCACCUGUCCCUCCUGCCCUGGACCCCAACAGCAAUGGCAGCCAGCAGCCUGCUACUGUAACCUUCGACCCUGCCAAUGUCCAUGUGGAGACUCGGUGACCCUGCCUUAGCACCAUCCUUGCCUCUCUGCAAAGAACUUUGAUGACCUGAAAGUCUGCUCUGCUGGCAGCUUCACCAAGUUCUUUCUGGUUGGGUAAACUGAGGCACCCUUCAUACAGCCCCUGCAGCUUGAAGCCACCCUCACCUGUGCUCUGGCCACCCCAGCUAUGUCCACGUCCCUGCUGCCACUCAACCAAAGCUCUGAGGACAUUUCUUCUGUUACCUGACAAGAAGCACCGAGCUGGGGAAACUGGUGUGAGUCUGGUUGUUGUCUCACAAGCGCGACAGCUAGACAGCUUGAUAGACAGACAGAUAUCUGAGUCUUCUGCUCAGGGUCAGGGAGUGUUAAUGAGAGUGUUCCCCAGGGAGCCACUGGGAGCAUCUCAGCUUAAGGGCAUGUCCACAGCUUCCUCAAUCCCAUAGCCAGAUGCAGGGAAACUAACUUGGACUAACUAGCCACAAAACCAACUUGAUAGCAUCUAACUGAUCCAGUACUAGAUGGCCACUAGCCAGCUCCUGAUGGCCAGUCAGCGCUCUCCCCCUUUAACAAAGGGUACAGAGGCUGGAUGAGGUGGCCUGUACCUGUCAUGGCAGUGCUCAGUAAAAGCAGGAACACUGGGAUUGCAGGACCAGCUUUAACCAUAUACAGAGAUGCUUCUCUUUAAAAAAAAAA